AUGAGUUUUUCAUCCUUGUUCAAAAGCAGUAAAAGAAAACAUCAUCCUGUCGAAGAAAACAAUAUAGCUGUAAUAGGAGCACCAACUAAUGUGAAUCAUGAUAUUCAUGUAACUGUGAAUGAUCAGGGCCACUUAACUGGGCUUCCAUCUGCUUGGGUAAGACAGAUAGGAACACAAAUAACUGAGGAUGAACAGUCCAAGAACCCACUUGUUGUGAAGCAAGUCCUACAAUACUACAAUUAUUCCAUAAAGAAGGGUAACCAGGAUGGCCAAGAAUAUAAACACAUUGUUACAGAGAAAGAUAUUGUGGAAGAAUCCAAAGAAAUAGACAAUUUUUCACAUUCCAAAGAUGCACACAAGAGUAAAGAUUCUAUCUUAUCAGAACACUCAGAGAAAGGUGAUAUAAUUAGGGAAACAUAUCCAAUUCGCCCACCGCGAAAAGUUGACGGUACUAAUCUAGUCCAAACAAAAAAUCUUGCACAAAAUUUUGAAGACCUCACGCUAGUGAAUGAACUGAAAGGAGAUGUAGAAAUCAGAAAUAAAUCAGAUUCUGAUUUGUCAGAUGACGAUUUCAUGAGAAGACGUAGCGGUCUCACAGAUGAAGAAUACAUGAUUAAAAUUAAAAACAUUUGCAAUCCAGGCGAUCCCUAUGACUAUUACGAAAGAAGCAAUAAAGAUCUUGGGUCUGGAGCAUCAGGUAUGGUUUUUGCAGCUGUUUGUAAAAAAAGCGGCCAACUUGUUGCUAUCAAGGAUAUUGAUAUGACAAAACAGCAUAAGAAAGAUUUGCUGUUGAGUGAAAUCAAAAUAAUGAAAAACUUCAAACACAAGAACUUGGUCAAUUUCCUAGAUGCUUUCGUUAUUUACGACGACCAUUUAUGGGUAGUAAUGGAAUUACUAGAUGGUGGCCCCCUAACCGAUGUAGUAACUGAAACGGUUAUGAAAGAAGGCCAAAUAGCAGCAGUAUGUUGUGAAGUAUUACAUGCUAUCGACUACUUACAUGACAGGGGCACCAUCCAUAGAGACAUAAAGUCUGACAAUGUCCUGUUAGGCAUGGAUGGAACCGUCAAAGUAACCGACUUCGGAUUUUGCGCCAACGUAGUGGGUAAUGAACAAAGAGAAACCAUGGUCGGGACCCCGUAUUGGAUGGCACCCGAGGUCGUCACCAGACAAAAGUACGGCAAGAAAGUGGAUAUUUGGUCCCUAGGCAUCAUGAUUGUUGAGAUGUUGGAUGGGGAGCCACCUUAUUUAAGGGAACCGCCUUUGCGUGCCUUAUAUUUGAUCACUGCUAACGGCAGACCAAAAAUUGCCAGAUGGGACACUUUGACCGAAAAGUUACAGAGUUUCAUCGAUUUGUGCCUGCAAGUUGACGUCGACAAACGUGGAACGGCCAAGGAGCUGUUAGAGCACGAGUUUUUGAAGGACUGCAUGGAACUCAGAACUUUAACUCCUCUGAUCAGGGCCGCUAAGAAGAUGUUGCAUAAAACUUGA